AUUUUUUUUUCCUUUACACGUUUGACGUUUCAUCGAAUUAUUUGCCAAUUCGAGUCAGCACGCUUAUUUUUUGCCAAAAAAUAGUGGAAAUUAAAGGAUUUUAAGCUAAAAAGUAUUAAAAUAUACAAAACAAAAUGGCAGAGUUUGAUUUAACAAGAACAAAUUGUCAAUUUUUGGAUCGGCAUUUGACUUUUCCUUUGUUGGAAUUUCUGUGUGGCAAAGAGAUCUACGAUGAAAAAGAGCUGCUCGAAUACAUUUUGGAAACGGUGAACAAGACCAACAUGAUUGAUUACACCAUGGAUACACGCAAACGUUUGGGCUUGAGCCAAGAAAUGCCCGAAGAGUUGGUCCAGCGUAAGGCUGAAGUAUUGGCCACCCUUAAGCAAUUGCAAAAUGAAGUUGCACCCUUGAUGAAAGCAACAGAUAUCUUGAAGAAUGGUGAGAGCAUGAAGGACACCAAAACGUUUGUCAAUGCCCUGCAAAAGGACUACAAUUUCAAGGAUGAACAUUUGGAAAGUGCCUAUAAGCUGGCCAAAUAUUUGUACGAGUGUGGUAACUACCAGGAAUCCACAUCGUAUUUGUACUUCUGUUUGAUUGUGAUGUCGCCCGAUGAUAAGAACUACUUGAAUGUCUUGUGGGGUAAAUUGGCUGCCGAAAUCCUGACCUUGAACUGGAACACAGCAUUGGAAGAUUUAACCCGUCUGCGUGAUUACAUUGACAAUGCCAAUUUCUCAACAGUUCAGGCAUUGCAACAACGCACCUGGCUCAUUCACUGGUCCGUUUUGGUGUUCUUCAAUCAUCCCAAGGGCCGUGAUUUGAUCAUUGAAAUGUUUUUGCACAAACCCUUGUAUUUGAAUGCCAUUCAAACAAUGUGCCCACACAUUAUGCGUUACUUGGCCACCGCCGUCAUCAUCAAUCGUACACGUCGCAAUGCCCUCAAGGAUCUGAUCAAGGUCAUUCAACAGGAAUCGUAUACAUAUCGUGAUCCCAUUACCGAAUUCUUGGAGUGCCUUUAUGUCAACUUUGAUUUUGAAGGUGCCCGUCUGAAGCUCCACGAAUGCCAAACGGUUAUCUUGAAUGAUUUCUUCAUUGUUGCCUGCCUCAAUGAGUUUGUUGAAGAUGCCCGCCUAAUGAUUUUCGAGACAUUCUGUCGCAUUCAUCAGUGCAUUACCAUCAGUAUGUUGGCCGACAAAUUGAAUAUGACCCCCGCUGAAGCUGAAUGCUGGAUUGUCAAUUUGAUUCGUAAUGCCAGAUUAAAUGCAAAAAUCGAUUCGAAAUUGGGCCAUGUUGUUAUGGGUACACAACCGUUGAGUCCCUAUCAACAGUUGGUGGAGAAAAUCGAUUCACUGUCAAUGCGUUCCGAACAUUUGGCAGGAUUAAUUGAACGUAAGAGUAAGCAAAAGAAUCAAGAAUCCAUUGACUCGUGGAAAUAUUAUUAAAAGAAAGAAAGAAAAACACAAACUUUGCUAAUUACAAGUCCACACACUAAUACGGUAAAUUAUUUUUUAAUUAUUUUCUAUGAUUCCAUUUGAUACGAUGUAUUGUACAUUGAAAACCAAAAGCCUACAGAAUAAACUAAGAACCACCCGCAGAUUCUGGGCGAAACAAAAAAGAGGCAAA